CAUGGUAUCAGAGCAACCGUGAGAAAUGUAUAGCUGUGCAUAAAUUCCAGCGACUCCGGGAAGAGAAAACAGUCAACCGGAAGCCCUUUUUUUCCAGUAAAAAUAGGUAUGUCUGCAAGAAUCAUACUAUCCGUCAGUGUUGUGCAAAAAACCAACACCACCGGAAAGUAGAUCAGAGCUCGACGACCAACCCAUUAAAAAAUCUCCGGCGGAAAAGGCUGCACGCGCCCCCACGCACCACCAGAAGAAUUUCUCCGGCAAUCCGAUGUGAGGCACUUUUCGGGCACUUUUUGACGAAAUUCCUUCAGAGUAGUUGGAUCGCCCUCAAAUUCCGAGCCUACCCAUAAUUUUAUUUUUUAAUUCCGACCACUUUGAGUUUUUCUAGCGACUACACUGAUUUUUUCCGGCAACUACAGUAAUUUUCCGGCAAAAAUAGUGUUUCCUUCAUCUGUUUCAGCGAGUUUUCAGUUGAUUCUUUUUGUUAUUUGGUGAUAAUUUUAUAGGCCUCACUUCAAUCCAACGAUGUCUUUAGGAGUCGAUGCCUUCGGGUCUAAAAACCCGGGUUCUGGCAGUUCCGGUGUUAUGAUUACCUCAGAACCUUUAAUGGGAAGUUCAAACUACUUAGUUUGGGCUUCAUCUGUCGAGUUGUGGUGUAAAGGUCAAGGUGUUCAAGAUCAUCUAAUCACAAAGUCUAGUAAAGGAGAUGAAAAGGCCAAAGCACUUUGGGAGAAGAUCGGUGCUCAAUGAUGCAGUAUUCUUUGGCGAUCUAUUGUUUCCAAGUUAAUGCCCUUGUUUUGUCCAUUCCAGACAUGUUAUUUGGUUUGGGAAAAGGCUCACACUUUAUACACUAAUGACAUAUCUCGUUUCUAUGAUGUGAUAUCGCGGAUGACAAAUUUAAAGAAACAUGAAUUAGAUAUGUCUACUUACUUGGGACAAGUACAGGCAGUCAUGGAGGAAUUUGAGAAGUUGAUGCCAGUUUCUGCGAGUGUAGCAAAGCAGCAAGAGCAGCGACAAAAGAUGUUUCUAGUUCUUACUCUUGCUGGGCUUCCUAAUGAUCUUGACUCCGUACGCGAUCAGAUUUUGGCUAGUCCGACUGUCCCCACAGUUGAUGAAUUAUUUUCUCGAUUACUUCGCCUUGCUGCAGCACCAAGUCACCCAGUGAUCUUAUCACAAACACUUGACUCAUCUGUUCUCACAUCCUAGGCAGUGGGCAAUCGAGCAUCUCAUACUAUGGAGAAUAGACGAGGAGGAGGUCGUUUUGGAAGAUCUAGACCCAAGUGCUCUUAUUGUCAUAAACUUGGACACACUCGUGACGUAUGCUAUUCUUUACAUGGUCAACCACCCAAAAAUGCUUAUGUUGCUCAGACCGAGGAUACAUGUAACCAGGGAUUUUCUUUAUCUGAAGGGGAGUAUAAUGAGUUCCUUCAAUAUCGAGCAAGUAAGCAGACAUCUCCACAAGUAGCCUUUGUUGCUCAAACUGAUACUUCUGUUGCUGGUAAUUCUUUUGCUUGUGUUUCCCAGUUUAGUACUCUUGGACAAUGGGUUGUGGACUCAGCCGCUUCUGAUCAUAUUUCUGGUAAUAAAUCCCUUUUGUCAAAUAUUGCGUUUUCACAAUCUCUUCCCACUGUUACUUUAGCCAAUGGGUCUCAAACUAAAGCAAAAGGAGUUGGACAAGCGAAUCCCCUACCCUCUGUCACUCUAGAUUCCGUUCUUUAUGUCCCUACCUGUCCUUUUAAUCUUGCAUUUGUUAGUCGUUUGACUCGUGCCCUCCAUUACAACAACAACUACCCAGUAAAAUCC